AUUUAAAGUUUGCUGUGAUUUUCUUCUUGGCUGAUGCAUAUGAACGAGUACUCGAGUAGAUGAGUUCUGAAAAGUUCCGCUGAGUACAUGUUCCUUCUUCUGAGCAUUCAUAACUCUUCCGCUCGUUCAUUCAUAUCCAUCAGAAGAAAACCGCACUAUAGAAAAGGCAACAAAAAUUGCAUUCUAUUGCGCAUGCACAGUUCCCAAUGGCAAUGUGGUGAAUGUAUCGACAUACAUAAUUCUUAUAUUUUUGGUCUGUAAUAAAGGAGUUAAUCUAGCUCUAUAUGAAUAACCAUCUAUUUAUGGAAAGCGAACGUCAUAAAUGAGUUGGCGUACUAUAGCGGAAAGUGGAGAAUUGGUUGUAAAUCCUUGAAGGAAAUUGGGUUGGAUUAAGUGUUUAUCAUACCUUAUUAACACAAUAAUAAUCACAAAAAAACAAAAUGAUUAAUUAGCAAAUAUUACUGCCCACCAAACCACAAGCAAGCUACGGAAACACAACGCAAUUAGAGAAAGAAGAAAACGUGGAAUCAUGGAAAUGAAUUAUGGACUCAUGCAUGCAUUCGCGGACUUAUGAUCAAUCUCAUGGACGUUUGUUCCAACCGCCCUGCAAGGACUUAUAAUCUCAUGUACCUGUGGACUCAUAGACGUAUGGAACCAUGGACAUUUAAUGAUCAUGAAUUUGUGGACCGUGAACUUGUAGUCUCCGUAUACCCUGGUCCCAAUCGAUGGACUUACAUGAACUUGUUCUCGUGUAUGUUUGGACCUAAAUAGUAAUUAUCUCAUUGAUUUAUGGAACCAUGUACGUAUGGACUGGUGGACCUAUGUUCUCAUGGAUCUAUAGAUAGACCUAUUAUCUUGCAUAUCCCAUGAUCCUAUGGAAGCAUACUCUCUAUGAUCUCAAGGAAAUUUGGACCUACUACGUUCUAAUAGAUCUGCAGUGGAUUUAUUAUUCUCAUCUGCCUGCUGUUGCCCAGACUUACACAUAUUGGAGCAAGGUUUAUGGAUACGUAGACAUAAUUUUCUGAUGUUCUCGUUCGACUUGAAAUUAUGUUUGAAUUUCCACUCACGCCCUCAAGAGGAAUCUAAAAUCGAGUCCACGCAGGGGCAUUCCAAGUUACCUACGUAACAUGACGAGGAAGAAACGAACCUGCAAAGAUCAGUCAAUUUCUUAAUGGUGUUUACUCAACAAUCACUCUCGAUGGAUAACUACAUUAAUUGAUGCUGAAAAGAUUGUGUUUGUAUUCGCCGCUAUGUGGGAAACAUGGACUCAUUGGAAUGCGGAACCUUGGACGAAACUGGAACUAUUUAUAACUUCUGAUUUGUGAAUAAUAAAACUUUAAGCCCCUCACAUGAUUAGGUAAUUGUCGGUGUUGGCUUGUUUAGCAGUUAGUAUAGCUGGGUUUCAGUUUUUGAUCAAAACAGAUAUCAAUCAUGAAUCAUCAACGCAAUAUAUUUGUUCCAAGUUGAUAGUCACGGAUUCCAACUGACAAGAUUCCAUUUUCCAUUCCAUGUUUCAUCAGAGUUUCGUCAAUUAUUCAAUUCAAUGCGUAAAUGUAAACGAUUGUGACACUACUCAAAGCGUGGGUAGUUAUAAGCAAAGAGCUUUACUUAGUCCAAGACUGUAUUAAAGAAGACAUCAGAAUGAACAGCGGGUGUUUUGGACGGUUAGGAAUGGAUCCACAAUUCCAUGGCUACACACCGUAUUUCUAUGCUCCUCCAGGGCACCAACUGACAGCGAUGUAUCCCAGACCUCAAGUCGUACCAAUGUUUAUGCCUUGUAUCCAACAACCUGAUACGCCAAAACCUUCAAAGUCUUUUAGUAUAGAAGAUAUCUUACAACGUCCGCAUCCCAGAACGUGCAUGGCUAACCGUUCCUAUCUCUCAGGAAUUAGCGAGGUGACAGGGAGGGUGGACUAUAGAUUCAGUCCAGCACCUUAUUGGGAGAGAGGAAUGUGGCAUUCUGCACUAUCAGAGAGAUUUACAGGUAAAAGUGGAUUACUUCAAUAGUUACUUCUUAAGCCUGGCUUAUACACUAUCAAAGUUUCGUUGAUCAAAGUAGGGAUUUUGCAUAGGUAAGUUCUAAGUUUUGAAGGAUUUGUAAGAAAUGUUUGAGGAAACUGACUCAGUGUUUAACACUAACGCCUAUAUUCUAAAAGCACACUCACACAAAGAGUGGAGGUUCAAUCUGAGCUUCCCUUGAGUGUCAAUGCUGUUUUUGAAUAGCUGAUUGAACCUCCACUCUUUGAGUGUGAGUGAACUUUUAGAAUACAGGCGUGAGUCAGUUUCCUCAAACAUUUCUUACAAGUCUUUCAAAACGUAGAAUUUACUGAUGCAAAAUUCCUACUGUGAUCACAGAAAUUUUGAUAGUGUAAAUUAGGCUUUAUUUAUACUGCUAUACCUUGAAGAUAGACUGUAGGCUUAUAGGCGAUCUAGCCACGAAAAGAUGAUAAAAUACCUCGGCAUUUCAUUUUAUUAGUUUAUAGGAAUGCACGAAACUGCUAUCUCAAGUUUCCACUGUAUCGGAUCUUACUCUCAUUUGGCGAGUGUUUAGCAAAUGGCUAUAGUCUUUUCCUCUACGGAAUGAUCGAAGUUGCAGGCAAGCGCUAAUCCGGAGCGAUCCGAAUUCCUUCUUCUUCUAUGUUUCUGCCUUAUAACAGAUAUAGACCUUAUAUCUCUUCUUUUUCAUUUGAAACGUGAGUUCAGAGAAUUGAAGACUAUUCAUCUGAAAAAUUAGUUCCGAGAAUUGCCUUCUUAUAUAUUUACUGCGGUAAGUCUAGGAGACGGCUAUUUCUAGUCCAAUUUCUAAGUGCUAUAAGAUAAUAACUAAUCACUAAAGAAUGAGUAAAGUUAGAGACACAAUGAAAUAGGCUAGUCUUUUCCCAGACGUCUUAUCAUUGAGAAACGAAGACUCCUCGUUGCUAAUCUGUAGGCAAACGUUUCAUUUUGGUAGAUAAUUUGGCCCCCUAAGAUUCAAGAUAACACAACUUUUCGAGCAAAAACUCUCAUAGGAAGAGUAUGAAACUUCGUGCGGAGUAUUGAUGCCCUGGUAACAGAAGUGAUGGAGACUUUUUCUUUUCCAUACUUUUCACCACUCUUAGAGACCGUUCAUCAUUUACACCUCAGAAGCACUGAAGAGGAAUUUAAAAAGGUUAAUAUUUUGGUUUAUCCAAAAAAAUUUUGAGACUUCAAAUAUUCUUUACCUAACAGUACAUUCAAGACUCGCAUUUCACGAUUUUAACCAUGUGGCCAAAUUCUGGGUUUCGUAAGUUAAGUUAAGAUAAAAUACUAUUUGAACAUUGAAAACGUGUUAUGUUCAUGAAUAUUUUUGGAGUUAUAAAAUGAGUUUUGUCGGUGUGUUAAUAACCACUGUUAACAUUAUGAAUAUUGUGAACACCUCGCUCUUACUCUCUGAAAGUACUGAAAAGCAUAAUGUCAAUCAUUUUUGGGAUUUUUUAACCAACGACCUUGAGUCAUUCUUUUCCAAUUUAGAUACCUACCCUUUUAAGGGGAUGAAAAAACCCGCGAGUGACCCAACCUAAUUCUCUUCCGUACUACCUGUGGCAUAAAUAAUGAACGAUCCCAUAGUCUCGAUUCAACUGUCACUAAAGCCCCGAUUAAACGAGGAUGAGAGUUGACGGUAGUUGAAGAGCAAGAGUUUUCUCAACUCUCAUGCCCCGGUCAAACGAGAAGAGUUGCAUGAGUGUUGAUGGGAGUCGACUGGAUAUUGCGCGCACGUAGCGAGAACUCUCGUCAACUGUUAUCAAAAUUUGAACCAUUUCGAAUAAGUUGAUGAGAGUUGAUAAGAGUGCAUGAAAGUUGCCGAAGUACUAUCGUCAACUGUCAUCCAAGUUUGACCGGCGCCUUACAGAGGACAUUUCAAGCUCUAGAUUAACAAAAUCAAGGAUUGACGAAUGUCCAACCAUAUUUUAACUUUAAUAAAAUACAUGAUAGUGUUGGGAAAACAUUAAUUAACCAAGGUCGCCAACUUUCAUGCACUCUCAUUCUCGUUUGAUCCGCGGGCUUAAAGAGGAAGAAUGUUUCGUAUUCCAAAGUUAAAAAUAAAUCGGGACGACCAGUUUUCUAAUGGGGUCACACACGAGGCUUAUGUAAACUAAGGUCUUAAUAUAGUAUAAGACGGGUUUUCAGAUACGAGCUUAGGAAUUUACGCUUAGCGAAACAUAUGGAAUUGGAUGAUGAUAACAACCUUUUAAUGUUAUAUGCCAUUGUGUACGAUGAAUAACGGCCGUGUUUACUCUUUACCAGAAGUGGCCAUCCAUAGAUUUUGACGGCACUUUAAUCGGCUAUUAAGAUUUGAGUGGCUUUUUAAUUAAUUUGCGUGUACAUCCCACUCCCGUAUUUACACGUUAAAUCUCCCACGAUUCAGGACGACCCGUUCUCAUUGGCACAUGUCACAGAGGUUAACGAAAUUAAUUGCUUGAUUUUAUAAAGAUUGAAAAAAGCUUUUUACCACACGUGGCUAGAAAAUCAACCAAAUUGUUUGGUUUAUUUUGAGCUAUUGAUGGGCUAAUGAUCGAGCUUUUGUUUGGCUGUUUUAGGGGCACUUUUCAAAAUGUUUGCAAAGCACACAUGUUUUGUGAGGGUGUGAAUGAAAAAUAGACUGCUCUCAUCAAUGUCAAGAUUUAGAACUCAGAUCAUAUUUACGCAAUAUCAAAACUGAAAGUGUUUCUUAUCUGGUAAUCGGGCUUUCUCCUCAGCAGAGGCUUUAGUUAGCUAUGAUUACGAUUAGUAAUUCAGUGCUUCCACAUAAUUUCCUUCCAACCGUUCAAAAUUUCCUUAUUUUUGAAAAAAUUUCCUUGCAAUAAAAAUUAUUGAAUUUUACCUAAUUUAAAACUGAUUUUAUAGUAAUUUCUCUCGAAUAACCGGAUAUUUCUUGUUCUAGAAGGAACAUAGAAGUUGCGGGAGCUGAAUUAUCAAAGGGGAGAGACAAAGAGUUUACCUAGAUUUUACGAAGGAGAAUAAGCAAAGAGGGUCUGGGGUCCUCCCCCAGAAAAUUUUCAGAUUUUGCAUCUCGUAGACACGAUUUUUGGCAUAUUUUGAAGCGCAUUUCCUUGGAAAUUGCCGUAUUCUUAGGAUUUUUUUUUGAAAUAAUGCAAUUUCCUUCACAUUUCCUUCAAUCUUCCGAUAUUUCCUUCAUAUUUCCUUCAGGAUCGAAUUUCCUUAUAAUUUCCGACAACUAGUUAAAAUUUCCUUCAAAAAGGAAAAUUCCUUCAAAAUGGAAGCACUAUUUAGUAUUGAGAUACAUUUUCACUACACUUUUCAUGGCGAAUCUUGGAACACGAGCGGAGCCGCUGGGAGAAGGAUCCGCUAGUAUUCCAAAAUCCACCAUGUAAAGUGUAGUGAACUGUAUGUCAAUACUAAUCGUAAUCAUAGCCAACUGAAGCCUCUGUGGAGGAGAGAGGUAAUCGGGUAUUAAGUUUAAAAAAGAAAAGAAAAGCUCGCAGGUUUAAUACUUUAAUUCCAACCGCAGGACUCAAGCGCAAUUUUCAGCUUGUCCUGUGGAAAAACUAACGUCAUCUUAUUCAUGAAAGUAUGUUAAAUGACAGUUGAUGUCUUGAUAAGACUUGAAACUCUCGCUAGCGUUUGACCGCGUCAACUCUCAUCGACUUUAAGCUGGUUCAAAUUUUGAUUGAAAGUUGAUGAGAGUUGUUGUUUAAUUGACAGGUAAUAUUCAUGCAGUCAACUCUCAUCGAUUUUGAGCUGGUUCAAAUUUGAUGAGAGUUAAUGAGAGUUGUUGUUCGUUCGACAAGUAAUAUCCAUACAGUCAACUCGCAACAACUUACACGCAACUCUUAAUUACCCAUUUCCUAAAGUCCUGGGUCUAGUCGUGCAAAUCCCGUGUUGGAGGGACAAGAAAUAUGGCAGCACACAUUUAAAUUAAAAGUUUAAUGUAAAAAGGAGAUAUUUCAUUUUUGGUCGUCUAAAAAGUUGAUAUUUGAUCUACUCUUUCACAUAUUUAACGCCUGUCACCAUUUACUUUGUCCCUCCAAACGAUCCCAGAAUGCACUGCGAUCUCUUUUGGGAAAAGGCUAAUUGUUCUCGUUUGAGAAGACGUGAGAGUUGAUCAGAAGACUCUGGUACAAGCACUCGUGCUGCCAUCUCUCACCAUGGCUUGUAGUGUAUAUGAUUGAACCACAAUCACUAAAGUAUGACUUCCUUCUAUAGGUCCAAAUCCCACCCACCACGACUCUUAUUCAGAGAAAGAUCUACUCCGAAGACGAAACACCAGACCCACAUUCAGCGGUCGUCAGGUGUAUCUGUUGGAGAAAACAUUUCAACAGACAAAAUAUUUAGCUGGACCUGAGAGAGCCCAACUCGCGUAUACAUUGCGCAUGUCCGAAAGUCAAGUCAAAGUCUGGUUCCAAAACCGUAGAACAAAAUGGCGGAAAAUAAACUCUGUCGUGGCAAAAACCCGGGAGGCGAAAUCUCCCGAGGUAUCAAAAUCUCCCGAAGAGGACGAACAGGAUGAGUGCAAUGGUGACUCAGCUAUAGAAGACAGAUAAAACUGCACAGGAAAAACAUUUUCAUUCACCAGAGAAAUACUUUGGUAUCAGUCAGAGUAAAAUAAUAUCAAAAAACAUAAUACUUCAGGGACCAGUCAUUAUUAUCCCUAUAUCAAAACUGGCGUUAUAGUAGUACACAUACAUGCAAAUCACAAGCAAGAUAACAUAAUUAUAUUUGUUCCCACUGGCAUCAUAUUAAGUGGGCGUAUACAUUUUAGCGUACAUAUAUAAUUAUCAUUAUCGAUAAAGCUGCAAUGAACUUGUAGCUAAACCUGUCAUGUAAAUAGUAAUGUAAUAUUUUUUGGAGAUACGAGUACAUAUAAAAUUAAAAAUAAAAUGAGAAAUAGAAUUUUUUUGCAUAGAAUUUUGAAAGAAUAGAAAUUGAGCAUAGAAUGUUAAUUUGUUUUAAGUCGUAAAUUAUAGCACGAUCCUUUAUUAAAUAGUGCAUCCAUUCCCAUGCAGUUACUGAUUUCAAUACACAGGGCCGCCGAGAGAAUUCGCGGGGCCCGGGGCAAAUCUUCUCUGGGGGCCCCAUGACAUCAUUAUUUUUAAGCUAGACCCAAGUCAGUCACCCAACUAGACCUUAGCUAGACUGCAUGUGGAGCUACUGUACCUGCCCUCAAUUUCAAAAAUGCUCUGACCAAUUUAAAGAACCUACUCAGUUUUAGGCUCUCACUCUCAAGUUGGGGUGGGGGCCGGGGCAAUCCCCCCCCUUUCGGCGGCCCUGUCAAUACAAUAAGAAUAUAAUAUUAGCACUGAUAAAGAUUUGGAACUAUUUUAAAACUAUAUACGUGGCGUUUCCAACAAAAUAGAUAAAACUGGUUAAUUGCGGUUUGAGAGGGAUUAAACUACGUGAAAUAUACAAGUAAAACUUCGACGUUUCCAGCGUUCGCCGAAGGCCC